GGCAAGGCAGGGCUGUGCAAUGAGAGCGAAGAAAGAAACCAUGAAAAUGGAAGAAGAGAUGAUGCGAAAAGUGCAUUCAACAGCAGCUCCAAAUAAACCUAAAGGUUACCCAACUACCGACGACUGCCCACCGGGAAAGAAGUGGUUGUUUCUCCUAAACAAGUCGAAGGGGGUUGGGGUUUCUCGGCGGCGUUCUUCUUUUCGAUCGCGAAGGGAAGACGGCAUCGGCUCGAGUUGUUUGGUUGGGCUGGCACGGGACUUGGGGCUGGUGCACAGCAGAUCGUUGAUCGCAUCAGUUAGAAGGCUUUCGAAUGCAGCAGGGGUCGGGCAGUUUGGAUCGCGGUUUCGCUUGGGUCAUGGCCUGCUCGUUUGUGGUACUGGUUUCGGUUGGGCAAAUACCAUCAGGCGGAGAUUCCGAGUUCACUCGUGCUAUAAUUGCAGGGGAUAAGAAGGUGUCUUUGAAAUUUGUGGUGGUAGAAUUGCAAGGAAUUUUUCAAGACGAAGGUUUGUUGAUCCGCCCCCCUCCUGAGCCACCGCCAAGGAUGACGCUUGAAGCAGGGUUUCGUUUUCGCUGUCAGUUUAGUUUAUUUAAUUUCGUUUUACUCUUGUUGAAUUUCUUUGACAUGUUGAAUUCUGUCGUUGUUGCUUUCUGUAUUGUCGUUUUCAAUCAGACUCUUACAUUAGGUAGGGGUGAUGGGGGUUUUGCUCUAGCCACGCUUGGCUCAUUUAGACUCAUUAUAGGACAAGCGAAUCAUAUUGCUCUAUACAAGGUGAUUGGUUCUCCAACUGGUCCGAGGGUCGGUGGCUGGAAGUAUUUCAUUUGUCAUUUGUAUCCCUUGCUGAAUGUUUUAUUAUCAAUAUAAGUCCCCUUGUUG